AUGGGCCGAAGUAUCGGGCCAUGUUUGGCCUUGAUCUUGUUGGCCUUAGUUUUUGUCACUUAUGCACGACCAGGUGGACAUGGUGGUAAAACAUUAGGAGCUGUUGGAUCUCUCACAAGUGCACCGGAUUCUUUAACUGAAGAUCAAUCAGCAAACCCGAAGCCUAAUGUCAAGACUGGUAUUAAAACAAAUCCUAAGAGAGGAUUUCCGGGCGAAAAACGCAAAGGAAAAGUGGUUGAUCAAAAUCCGUUCGAAGGUUGUCUUCUCUGGGCAGAUGGGAAAGCUCCAAAUUUUAAAAAUAUUCCACGAGUGCCAGGAAGUACAUUAAGUGAUGAAGAUAGUGAAGAUUCUAAAAGUGAUAAUGGGGAUUAUAAUGAGGAUCCGGAAAGUAAUGAUGGGGAUUAUAAUGAAGAUCCGGAAAGUGAAAAUGGAGACUAUAAUGAAGAUCCAGAAGGUAACAACGGGGAUUAUGUAGAAGAUCCGGAAAGUGAAAAUGGAGAUUAUAGUGAAGAUCCAGAAAGUGAAAAUGGUGAUGAUAAUGAAAAUCCCGAAAGUGUAAAUAAAAGUGGUGAUAAAAAGUCAAGUGAAAAAACGGGUGAUAAACCUAACAUUGUUAAUCCAAAAAUUGGAGGACCUGCAGCUCAAGGUGAGCCAUGUAAUACUAAAAGAUGCCAACGUCCUGAGGCUAAAGGUAAUGUCAAAGGUGGGGGAAGGAGACCUAGUGGUCCAAAUAAACAGGGCUCAGAAACUACACCCAAAAAAAAUUCCGAAAACCCUGAAGGACCCCAGAAAUUUGGCCCACAAACCCCUAGUAGAUCAAAUGUCCCUGAGAAUGAUGAAUCGAAAUCGAAAUCCAUACCAUCUAAACCACAGGAUGAGAAAAGUCCCAAGGACAAGCCUGAAAACCAGAAACCAGAGGAUGAGAAGAGUCCUGAAGAGAUGCCUGAAUCUCCGAAACCAGAGGAUGAAAAAAGUCCUGAUGAUAAACCGGACAAACCAAGUCCAGUGGAGAAGGUAAGUCCUGAUGGAAAACCUAAUACAUCCAAACCAGAGGAUGGGAAAAAUCCCAAGGACAAACCUGAAAACCAGAAACCAGAGGAUGAGAAGAGUCCUGAGGAGAUGCCUGAAUCUCCACAGCCAGAGGAUGAAAAGAGUCCUGAUGAUACACCGGACAAACCAAGUCCAGUAGAUAAAGUGAGUCCUGAUGGAAAACCUAAACCAUCCAAACCAGAGGAUGAGAAAAGUCCUAAGGACAGGCCUGAAAACCAGAAACCAGAGGAUGAGAAGAGUCCUGAAGAGAUGCCUGAUUCUCCGAAGCCAGAGGAUGAAAAGAGUCCUUAUGAUAAACCGGACAAACCAAGUCCAGUAGAUAAAGUGAGUCCUUAUGGAAAACCUAACCCAUUCAAACCAGAGGAUGGGAAAAGUCCUAAGGACAAGCCUGAAAACCAGAAACCAGAGGAUCAGAAGAGUCCUGAAGAGAUGCCUGAAUCACCGAAGCCAGAGGAUGAAAAGAGUCCUGAUGAUAAACCGGACAAACCAAGUCCUGUAGAGAAAGUGAGUCCUGAUGGAAAAGCUAACCCAUCCAAACCAGAGGAUGAGAAAAGUCCUAAGGACAAGCCUGAAAACCAGAAACCAGAGGAUGAGAAGAGUCCUGAAGAGAUGCCUGAUUCUCCGAAGCCAGAGGAUGAAAAGAGUCCUUAUGAUAAACCGGACAAACCAAGUCCAGUAGAUAAAGUGAGUCCUGAUGGAAAACCUGACCCAUCCAAACCAGAGGAUGGGAAAAGUCCCAAGGACAAGCCUGAAAACCAGAAACCAGAGGAUGAGAAGAGUCCUGAAGAGAUGCCUGAAUCACCGAAGCCAGAGGAUGAAAAGAGUCCUGAUGAUAAACCGGACAAACCAAGUCCUGUAGAGAAAGUGAGUCCUGAUGGAAAACCUACCCCUUCCAAACCAGAGGAUGGGAAAAGUCCCAAGGACAAGCCUGAAAACCAGAAAACAGAGGAUGAGAAGAGUCCUGAAGAGAUGCCUGAAUCACCGAAGCCCGAGGAUGAAAAGAGUCCUGAUGAUAAACCGGACAAACCAAGUCCUGUAGAGAAAGUGAGUCCUGAUGGAAAAGCUAACCCAUCCAAACCAGAGGAUGGGAAAAGUCCCAAGGACAAACCUGAAAAGCAAAAACCAGAGGAUGAGAAGAGUCCUGAGGAGAUGCCUGAAUCACCGAAGCCAGAGGAUGAAAAGGGUCCUGAUAAUAAACCUGAAAAGUCCAAAACAGCUGAUAAAAUGAGACCAGAUAAUAAACCUGAAAACCCCAAAUUAGAAGAUAGAAAUAAUCCAGAAGAUAAGCCUGAACAACCCGAACCAGAUAAAAAGCCUAAACAAUCUAAACCAGAGAGUAACAAGAGGCCAAAUGAUAAGCCUGAUAAAUCGAGGACAGAAGAUAAAAAGAGUCCGGAUGAAAUGCCUGAACAGCGCAAACCAGGAGAUGAGAGUAGUCCAGAUGAUAAACCUAAAGAACCAAAACUAGAGGAAAGGACUGAAACUCCCAAACCAGACAAUAACGAGAGUCAAGAUAAUAAGCCUGAAAAAUCGAAGCCUGAAGAUGAGGUUAGUCCAGAUGAUAAGUCUGAAAAAUCCAAACCAAAGGAUAAAGAAAGCCCAGAUGAAAAACCGAAUCCAGAAGAUAAAAAGAGUCGAGACAAUAUGUCUGAAAACCCCAAACCAGGAGAUGAAAAAAGGCCAGAUGAUGAGCUUCAACAACCUAAACCAAGUGAUGAAAAAAGCCCAAAGGAAAAAACGAAACCAGAAGAUGAAAAGAGUCCAGAUGAUAAGCCUAAAAAACCCAAACUAGAGGAUAGCAAAAGACCCGAUGGUGAGCCUGAAAAACCGAAAACAGACGAUGGGCCUAAGGAGCGCAAACCAGAGGAUGAAAAGAGCCCAGACGAAAAGCCGGAAUCAUCCAAACCUGAAGAGGAAAAAAAUCUUUCCAAGGAACAAGAGCAACCUAAUCCAAAAGACAAAACAGAUCCUGAAGAUGAAUCAAAGAAGCCAGAUAUGGCAUUCCCAGAUGAUAAGCGUUUACAGAAACCAGAUAUCGAUCAAAGAAGCAAUCAAACACCUUCAACAAAAACUGGGGCACCUACGAAAAAUCCUAACAAUAUUUCAAAGGAUAAUUAUCUUGAUAAACCUAAACCUGAUUCUACUCCUGAAACCAAACUUCAAGACGACAAUACUCCUUCUUCCGAGCCUGAUGAUGAAGAGUGUUCUGAAGAUCCUUCUGAGCCGGACGAUGAAUCACCAGAUGAGCCUGAAGAUAAUUCACAAGAAAUGCAACCUGUUUCGGAUGAACCUGUAUUAUUACCCAAUGGUAAACCACAUCCUUAUCCUAAAAAUCCUUUCCUAAAUCCUGCACUUGGGAAACAGUCAAAACCACCAAAGCCAGGAAAUAAUAUUGAUAGCAGAGGAAAUUUCGAACCAGAUGUUUAUAAAGGUGUUGGAGGAUACAGAGGUGAUGUAGAAAAAGAUGGUGCAUCUAAACCACCAGGACCCCCUGGAUCAUCAAAAAAUGGCCCUGCUCCUGGAAAAGGAAAUCCAUUUAUGAAUGGACUAUCUGGUGCAAAUCCGUCCUCAGGUAACCCAUUUACGAGUGGAUUACCAAAAACAAAUCCCAGCAGCCCUAAUACAAAACCACCCUCAGGAAAUCCAUUCCUUUCUGGAUUAUUUGGCAAUCCUAGUCCUUCGGAUAAAUCUGGUGAAAAUAGUCCUCAGCGUCCAGGAACUAAUACACUAAUUGGAGAAGGAAAUCCUUUUCUAUCUACACUCUUCAAUAGAGGAAAUUCUGGAAACCCUCAAAACAGAUUUGUUCGAAAUUAUCCAAAUUCCGGGGGAAAUCCAUAUUCAGGAAAAUAUUUGGAUCAGAAGGCCGACAAUCCUUUCAGCAAUCUACCAUCGAUUGUCACGUUUGGGCCAUUCAGUGUUGCUGGAACAUCUCAUCAAUCUUCAUUCUUCGCACCUCAAAACUUUGAUCAAUCUAAGGGCGAUUUUCCAUGACCUUCAGAUGUUUCCGAAAAUAAACCACUUAAUUUUGAGAGUAACUGGCCUGGACUUGUACGCAUUAUUCUAAACAGAUGAUGAUAUACCAAAAAAUAUUAUUGAUAAGGCUUUAUAUCAGUAUCAUGUAGAACUAAAAUAGAGACUUCACGCAAUCAUUAUAAUUCAUUUAUAGGAUCAUCUUUAGUUUUUUUUAUUAUGUAGGCAAUCAUUUUUUUAUUUAACGACAUGUGUGUUCAUAAUGUGUAUUUUGUAUUUUAUUUGUAAACUUAUUUUGGUAUUGAUAAUUGAAAACAAGUUUAUUAUGUUAAUUCCCAAUACUAUAAAUAUAGAAAAAAUAAAAUAAAUUCGUCAUAUAUUCCUUCAAUUUUUUUUC